CACGGAGACCGGAUUCUCAGCGUGGAAUCGGCUGAGCGGCUCUGCGCGGCGCAGUACGCAGGCGUGAGCGGUCAGGCCGGGACGCGCGCGACGCUCGGUUGUAGCGAGAGUGAGUUCCUGGGUGAGGAGACCCGGCAGUGGGCAGCUGAGCAAGCGGGUGACCGAGCGCGUCUGUCCGCCAUGGCAGCCCUACGCUACGCAGGCUUGGACGACACGGACAGCGAGGACGAGUUGCCCCCGGGCUGGGAGGAGAGAACCACCAAGGACGGCUGGGUUUACUAUGCCAAUCACGCAGAGGAGAAGACUCAAUGGGAGCACCCGAAGACUGGGAAAAGAAAGCGCGUUGCAGGAGAUUUGCCAUACGGAUGGGAACAAGAAACCGAUGAGAAUGGACAAGUGUUUUUCGUGGACCAUAUAAAUAAGAGAACCACCUACUUAGACCCCAGACUGGCAUUUACUGUGGAUGACAACCCAACAAAACCACCCACCAGACAGAGAUACGAUGGCAGCACCACCGCCAUGGAGAUACUCCAAGGCCGGGAUUUCUCUGGCAAAGUGGUCGUCGUCACUGGAGCUAAUUCCGGAAUAGGGUUCGAAACUGCCAAGUCUUUUGCUCUCCACGGUGCACAUGUGAUCUUGGCCUGUAGGAAUAUGGCAAGAGCCAGCGAAGCAGUGUCACGCAUCUUAGAAGAAUGGCAUAAAGCCAAGGUAGAAGCAAUGACCCUGGACCUCGCUCUGCUCCGCAGCGUGCAGCAUUUUGCUGAAGCGUUCAAGGCCAAGAAUGUGUCUCUUCACGUGCUUGUGUGCAACGCGGCAGCGUUUGCUUUGCCCUGGAGCCUCACAAAAGACGGCCUGGAGACCACCUUCCAGGUGAAUCACCUGGGCCACUUCUACCUUGUCCAGCUCCUUCAAGAUGUUUUGUGCCGCUCGGCCCCUGCCCGCGUUGUUGUGGUCUCCUCGGAGUCCCAUAGAUUCACAGAUAUUAAUGAUUCCUUGGGAAAACUUGACCUCAGCCGCCUUUCUCCAUCCAAAAAUGAGUACUGGGCCAUGCUGGCUUACAACCGGUCCAAACUCUGCAACGUGCUGUUCUCCAACGAGCUACACCGUCGUCUCUCCCCGCGUGGGGUCACAUCGAACGCUGUGCAUCCCGGCAACAUGAUGUAUUCCUCCCUCCAUCGCAACUGGUGGGUGUACACGCUGCUGUUUACCUUGGCGAGGCCUUUCACCAAGUCCAUGCAACAGGGAGCUGCCACCACCAUCUACUGUGCCACUGCUCCAGAACUGGAGGGCCUGGGAGGGAUGUACUUCAACAACUGCUGCCGCUGCAUGCCGUCUGCAGAAGCUCAGAGUGAAGAGACGGCCCGGGCACUGUGGGCAUUGAGCGAAAGGUUGAUCCAAGAGCGACUGGGCAGCCAGCCCAGCUAGGUGGGAGCUUGAGCAAGAAGCGUGCACACACUCAGCCCACAUGUGCUCGCUCGCACACCCGCCAACACUGGGCCCCUUACACCCUUACCAUCCAUGGGGUUUCCACAUCCCUCCAACACUAAUCCGUAAGAGUUAAGGAAAUAAGAGAAGUCCCAGCGGAGUGGAAAAUCUAAGUACCGAUGGAGCCAGGGAGUUUAGGGGUAGAGGGACCGUAUAGCUUUCCUAGGACUGGUUAGGCAUGGGUCCCUUGCUUUCUGGUGGUGGCCUGUUUAAAAACAAAAGCUUGCUUGGGAUGUGGGUUUCUUCUCUCAUGGUGGAAGCACAAGCAAUUUUCUCUCAUUCUUAGAAUAGGCGGGCAACCCCAGGUCCCACCCAGCUACCACCAUGUCCACCGCUGAAGCCCUAUUUAGGAAAGAAAGCACAAGUGUCCAUCCUUUGCUUCUGCCCUGGGCCAGGAGAUGGUUGUUUCAUCCAUUCUGAGCAAUCCGAGCAGGUGGGCAACUCCUGGGCAGAAGAAUCUCAGAACCUGCUCCAGCCAGCCAGAAUGGCCACAGGGCUCAGAGAUGAGUGGAGCAGGCGGGCCCCUGGGUCGCACAAGUUCCAGAAACGGACUCCCUUGCCAAAGCUAUACAAAAAAUUCCUUUAGCGAUGAUAGCAAACAAAUUUUGCAAAACAUUCCCUAGAUUCCUUGACAGGCAGGAAAGGAGACCUUGUGUCUUUAUGAAUAUGCAGGAUAUUUGGGGGGAGGGGUAAAAAGUCACAGUUUCAAGAAACAACCAACUCUGAGUCUCACAGCUGCUUAGUUGCCCCAUGUUAGCAUUCUGCUUCAGCUUCCUCCAUCUUAUGCUUUAAUAAAAGAACAUGCUUGCAUAUAAUCA